ACCAACAGCGCCAUAUAAUUUCCAGCGGCAAAAAUCUUCCGAUAAAAAAGUGAUCAAAUAAAAAAAAUUGUAUAAUAAAAUCGUGAAUUGCAUAGGAAAUGGUUAAUUCUGAUGAUAAAAAGACAAAAGGAUUUGCAGCAGAUGCAAAGGUAGAUGAGCAAUCUGCAAAAUCAAAGGUAGACACAGAUUUAUCCAAGUGGGGUUAUGAUUUGUAUCCGGAGAGGAAAGGUGAAAAGUACAAAACAUCAUGGACAAAGGUAAUUUCUGGAGUUGAAGGACGCGAAAAUAUCGACAAGGUCAAGUGCGAAAGGAAUGUUUUCAAAUGCGUCAAGAAUAGCCCCCUUGUGAAGCUGAUGAUGGGAGCUCUCAAGAGUUCGGGAUGCCCAAUUGAUAUUCGCCGGCACUUUUCAUGCGAAGUAUGCGACCCCUCCGUUACGGGUGGCUACGAUCCGGUCCUCAAUCAGAUUGUCAUCUGCCAGAAUUCCUCCCGGAAUGAGGGAAUGAUUCAGGGAGUCCUAACGCACGAGCUAAUCCACAUGUUUGACUUUUGCCGCAACGAAUUGGAUUUCCAGAACAUUGAUCAUCUGGCCUGUACGGAAAUUAGAGCUGCAAAUCUUGCUCAUUGUUCCUUCCUUAGUGCCUGGACCCAAGGCGAUGCAUCCCCAUUAAAUAUUAAAACAACUCAUCAAGAUUGUGUUAAAAGCAAAGCUCUUGCAUCUGUGCUCGCGGUGAGGAAUGUAUCAAAGGACGAGGCAAUUGAGGCCAUUGAGAGAGUCUUCCCCAAAUGCUAUGCAGAUUUGGAGCCCAUCGGGAGGCGCAUCCGGAGAAAUUCACGAGACAUGCACAAUGCAUUCAUUGAGGGUCCAAUGUAUGGCUAUGAUGUGUAUUAAGUACCAAAAGCGACUUUAGUUAAUU